AACAACCUAAUCAAACAAGUCAAAUUGAUUCUUAAAAAAAAUGUCACAAAGCACAUUAAGAAGAGCCAUUGGAGCAGUAAAGGAUCAAACAAGCAUUGGCCUAGCAAAAGUUGGAAGUAGCUCCUCACAAGGUGAUCUUGAAGUAGCCAUUGUAAAAGCAACAAGCCACAAUGAAUAUCCAGCUGAAGAGAAACACAUUAGAGAGAUUCUAAGUUUAACAUGUUACUCACGCGUAUUCAUAAGUGCUUGUGUUAAUAAUCUCUCUAAGAGAUUAAGCAAGACAAGUAGUUGGACAGUUGCUUUAAAAACACUUGUUUUGAUUCAAAGGUUGUUAGCAGAAGGUGAUCCUGCUUAUGAACAAGAAAUAUUUUUCUCAACUAGACGUGGUACUCGACUUCUUAACAUGUGUGAUUUUAUAGACAAGUCUAAGACUGAAACAUGGGAUCUUUCAGCGUUUGUUCGCACUUAUGCAUUGUAUCUAGAUGAAAGGCUUGAGUAUAGAAUGCAACAUAAGCGUGGAAGGCGUAGUAGGUUCUCGUUUGAUGAAGAUGACGAAGAACAAUCAAGGGUUAGGGAAAGAGGUAGAUAUAAAGAAAGAGAUAAGGAUAAAGAGGUUGUUGUGAGAUCUCCUCCAUUGAGUGAAAUGAAGACGGAGCAACUAUUUUCCAAAAUGCAGCAUUUGCAGGUGUUGCUCGAGCGCUUUAUGACUUGUCGUCCCACAGGUUCAGCAAAGUCUCAUAGAAUUGUGAUAGUGGCACUCUACCCAAUUGUGAAGGAAAGUUUUCAAAUAUACCAUGACAUGACACGAAUACUAAGUGUCUUCAUCGACCGUUUCAUUGAAAUGGAGGUACAAGAAUGCUCUAAGGUUUACGACAUUUUCUGCCGUGUUGGAAAACAGUAUGACGAGCUAGACUUGUUUUACACCUGGUCUAAAAGUAUUGGAAUUGCAAGAUCUUCAGAGUAUCCAGAGAUUGAAAGAGUUACAGCAAAGAAAUUGGAACUCAUGGAUCAAUUCAUCAAAGAAAAAACCAAGAAGAAACUUGGUACACAAGAAAAAGAAGUCGAAAAGAAUGACGAAAAUGAACUAGAAGAGGAUAUGAAUGAAAUCAAAGCACUUCCACCACCAGAAGGAUUCAAUGAGAAACAAGUAGAGGAUGUUGUAAAGGAAGAGAUAGAACAAAAACAAGAACAAAAAGAAGAAAAAAUAGUGCAAACAGAAGUUGAUUUGUUAGAUUUAGGUGAUGACAUUAUUGUGACAAAACAAGAUUAUGAUGAAAACAAAUUAGCAUUGGCAUUAUUUGAUGGUGAAUUACCAACAAGUAAUAGCACACAAGCUCUUCCAUGGCAUGCUUUUGAUGAUGAAUCAGAUUGGGAAACAACACUUGUUCAAUCAAGUAGCAAUUUACCUAAUCAGAAACCAUCAUUAGGUGGUGGAUUUGAUACAUUGUUAUUGGAUAGUAUGUAUCAACAAGCACCAACAUCAAUGCAAGGAGUAAAUGGUUACGGAACAAUGUUAGCAUUGCCAGCACCAACAUCAUCAAACAAUGGUUCUUAUGAUCCAUUUGCAGCAUCAUUGGCUGUGGCACCACCAGCUUAUGUGCAAAUGACAGAGAUUGAGAAGAGACAAAGGUUAUUAGCUGAGGAACAAGCAAUGUGGCAGCUAUAUGCAAAUAGUGGAAUGCAAGGACAUGUUGGAUUUACAGCACAUCAACAACCUAGUAAUCUCUACAUGGGAGGGUACCAACAAAAUUAUUAUGGGAACUAUCAUUAACUAGGAAGAUUUUUUUUCAUUAGUUUGUACUAACCCAAAUCACUUUCCCUCUUCCCCUUUCUUUCCAUGGUGAAGUGAAAUUUAAUUGGACAGCUAUAUAGAAGAACUUGUUUAUAAGUUUCU